GUAAUCACAUUAUCCAAAGAAUGGGGAUAUGGUGCAUAGGUGGCACAACCCUAGUGGAGGAAACGAUUUAUUAACUUGCAAGGAUCAGAUGAUUCUCCCAAAAACAUAGAAUUCCAGUUCAUUCAAAGCCUCUCAAUCUUUGUCAGCAAUUAUCUUAAGCUUAUUCAUUUUGAAGAGAAAGAGGGGGCACGACAUGGCAAGCUGCAACAUGGCAUCAGCUGCUUCUGGGUUUGUGCUAACACCUAAUGUUUCAAGCAGCACAAGUUCAUCUGCCAGGAGUAACAUGUUAUUCUUCCCUUUGAAGAACAAUAGUUCAAGGCUAGUUGUUAGGGCCGCUGAGGAAGGAGCAGCUCCACCAGCCACAGCACCAGUUGAAGGUGAAGCUCCAAAGGCUAAACCACCACCAAUUGGACCCAAAAGAGGUGCCAAGGUAAAGAUUCUGAGGAAAGAGUCUUACUGGUUCAAUGGCAUUGGAUCUGUGGUAGCUGUUGACCAGGAUCCAAAGACUCGCUACCCAGUGGUGGUUCGCUUCAACAAAGUUAACUAUGCAAAUGUAUCUACAAAUAACUAUGCAUUGGAUGAAAUUGUAGAAGUUUAAAUGAGUCAUGUUUGUAUUAUCAUUGUAAUUUUAAUUCUCCCUCUGUUUCACCCUCUAGAAUUAGCUUGUUUGUGCAGGAAUGUGUAUCAUACUCUCUUUGAUUUCUUCUAUGUUCUUCCUUAUAAUUUUAUGGUUGCUGCUGCGUAUAUCCA